AUGCCUGAAUUCGAUGAUGUAUUACAGACUCCGCAGUAUCGAACCACCGGUGAUUCUACGUCAUCUCCACUAGCAGAAUUUAACCCUAGUGUAUCUAUCUUAGACAGAUAUACCGUGUUGCUUAAGGACGGGGAAACCACCGCUACGAUAUAUCCUAUUCAUUCACCAAACGAGUUACCCCCUGGCCUUCUUGCAUUUUUGUGUGAUGAGUUUAAUAUGGAAAUCGAACGUGGUGAUACCUUGCCCUUUUUCGACACAUUACACAUUGAACAAUUUCAACAGUACUGGUUCGGGUCAUUUGCUGCCGUUAUGGUGUUGGGGGAUUCUCCAAGUUUAGACGGACCGCCACGACAAUGGGAAAAGGAAUGUUUGGGAACGUUCUCCAUCAAGCCAAAUUAUCCAGGUAGAUGUUCACACAUUUGUAGUGCCCAGUUCUUGGUUAAUGCUGGUAUCAGAGGCAAAGGGAUUGGUAGAACCUUGACUGAUUGUUUCUUACAGUGGGCGCCAAGGUUGGGGUACAGUUACUGUAUGUUUAAUUUAGUAUUUGAAACCAAUGUGGCCGCACGUAAACUUUGGGAAUCAUUAAACUUUAAAAGAAUCGGAAGAAUUAAGAGCGCUGGGGUGUUGAAAGGACACGAACAUCCCGUCGAUGCUGUGAUUUAUGGUCGUGACUUGGUGAGUGCCACUGAUCCAACUGUUGGUGCUUACCGGUUUGACAAGAUCAAGUUUUACUUGGAAACAGGACGAUACCCUGCCAUGGCCGAUCGACUGGAAAAGUCAAGAUUGCGUAGUUCGGCUUCCCAUUACAAUUUAGAAGAUGGGAAAUUAAUGCUCAAGGGAAGAGAAGUUGUGGGUGAUCCUGUACGUCAAUUACAAAUAUGUACUGACUUACACAUGCAGAACCAUGGUGGGAUUAACAAGACCACUUCGCUAGUCACGGAAAAGUACCAUUGGGUGAGAAUCAAAGAUACAGUUGCUACCGCAAUCAAGAACUGCCCUGAAUGUCGUGACCCAACUCGUGAAAUAGCAAUGGUUAAACGAGGAAUACCGAAGAAGAUGUCUACGGGACAACCAUCGGCCACAGUCACUCGUCAUCGUAUCAACAAGGUGUACUCUAACCAAUCUCGAAACUUGAUGAGAUCACGAGCAGCUCAAGAUGAAGUGGAAGCCAUGGUUGCCGCAGCACAAUUACACAACCUCCCCUCGAAUCGUCAUGAUGACUUAUUAAGUCAUGAGUUGGCUGGGUUGGAUGAUAAUUUGAUUGCCGUUGUUGAAGAAGCACAACGGAAUCAACAACAACGAAUGCAAAAGGAAAGACAACAGCAACAUCAGCAUCUGGACCAACAGCAGAAUAGACAUGUGCAGACAUAUGCGGAAGUUGCUGCUGCUGCAGUCGCCAAUGAUGCCGAUUAUCAAGAGUACGAUUACCAUGAAUACAGUAAGCGAAAUAACGAGGAUGAUAUACCGGUUGAUCCACAAGUAAGUUCCUAUGACCAUGGCAAUGGUGACGAAAUUGAAAUUGCUAGAGCAUUAAUACAAGCUAAUGAAGACGAGCAUGAACGACAAAGUAAUCGAAAAUCCUCGCGACACGAAGAAGAAUCAGAAGCAAAUAUGUUUAUAAAAGAUGAUAAUUAA